CUUGUUACACUUGCGAAGCCCUAAGCAAGUUUGGGUUUAAGGAAGGUCGUUUAAUGAUGUGGCCAGCGUGUUCGCCUGAUCUUAACCCCAUUGAGAAUUUUUGGUCAUUACUUAAAAGCAAAGUGUACGAAAGUGGCAAGCAAUUCUCAUCUAAAAACUGUCUCUGGGAAGCAAUUCAAAGCUCUGCAGCUGCUAUACAUAAGGAUGCAAUUAAAAACCUAACGGAUUCCAUGAGCAAUAGACUUAUCAAAGUGAUUAGUGCAAAGGGGGAUUACAUUCAUUACUGA